GGAGAAUCCACGCGACCACGGAGAGAGAGGGACACGCAAACUCCAAAUAUACAGCCAUAAUACAGCUGACGCUUCCUCUGCAGAAUUGGUUUGAUGGAACAAAGGCACUCAGCGCAGCUCGGUACAAAAAGGCAACAACGCGACCAGCGUGCAUACAGCAUGGAUCGUGUUGGACAUUUAACACAGCACCAGAGAACUCACACAGGAGAGAAACCCUUCAAGUGCACUGUGUGUGACAAGGCAUUUUCAUAUCCAUCAGUUCUAAGGAACCACCAGAGAACACACACGGAAGAAAAACCCUUCAAGUGCAGUGUGUGUGGGAAGGCAUUUUCACAUUCAUCUGCUCUUAAAAAACACCGGAGAACACACACAGGAGAAAAACCCUUCAAGUGCAGUCUGUGCGCGAAGGCGUUUUCACAGUCAUCUGCGCUUGUAUUACAUCAGAGAACACACACGGGAGAGAAACCCUUCAGUUGCACUCUGUGUGGGAAGGCGUUUGCACGUUCACAAAAUCUUAAAAUACACCAGAGAACACACAGGAGAGAAACCCUUCAAGUGCACAGUGUGUGACAAGGCAUUUUUACAUUCAUCAGUUCUUAGGAACCACCAGAGAACACACACGGGAGAGAAACUCUUCAGGUGCAGUCUGUGCGGGAAGGCGUUUUCACAGUCAUCUGGUCUUGUAUCGCACCAGAGAACACACGGGAGAUAAACCCUUCAAGUGCAGUGUGUGUGGGAAGGCAUUUUCAGAUAAAUCUCCUCUUAAA